CGUUACUGUAGUGGAAAAGGAGCUAGCCGGAAUCGAGGGAUUCACGUGUCGCAAUUCAUUUACUGGCCUGUCCCACAUCGUGCCGACAGGGACCAGUGACAGAACGGAACCGCCAUGGAUGAGGGGCACACAAUGACGUCACUCCCGGACGUACAACCGGGCGGUAUCGCCGAGGCGUACGCUGGACGAUCGAUUUUCAUCACCGGCGCAACCGGUUUCAUGGGCAAGAUCAUGGUGGAGAAGCUGCUGCGUGACUGCGGUGGCAUCGAACGCAUCUACCUGCUGAUCCGCGCCAAAAAGGGCCUCGAUCCGGCCCAGCGCAAAGACGAGUACGUCAAAAAUCUGGUGUUCGAUCAGGUACGCGAGAACCACAACGAUCGGUUGGCGAAGAUCCGGCUCAUACGCGGUGACAUCCUCAGCGAAGGGUUGGGUUUGAGCGAUGAAGACCACCGGGAGCUGAUUGAAAACGUCGACAUGGUGUUCCAUUGUGCCGCCAACGUGCGCUUCGAUCAACACAUUCGCCAGGCGGUGGACAUCAAUCUGAACGGGACGAUCCGAGUUCUCGCGCUGGCGGAACAAAUGCGCCGGCUGGUGUCGUUCGUGCACGUGUCCACAGCCUACUGCCAGUGUAAUGAGGCCGUGCUGGAGGAGAAGUACUAUCCUGCGCCACAGAACCCGGAAGGCGUUUCGAAGAUGGUUGGCCUGCUCGACGACGACAUUCUGGAUCUCAUCACGCCAAGACUGCUCAACAAUCUGCCAAAUACGUACGCUUACACGAAAGCACUCACCGAAGAUCUGGUGUAUCAAUACAGGGGUAAGGUACCGAUCGCGAUCGCACGACCAUCUAUCGUGACGGCUACCAUGCGGGAACCGUUUGCCGGUUGGGGUGAAGGUACCAACGGACCUACGGGGUUGCUUAUCGGUGCCGGCCGGGGUGUUAUCCGCAGCAUGCACUGUAACGGCGAGUACCUGGCAGACUUUAUGCCGGUGGACAUUACGAUGAACGCGAUCAUCGCGAUCGGCUCGGAACGCGCGCGCAACUCGCGCAAGGAUGAGGUUAUGUACUACAAUCUUACCUCGUCGGCAGACAAUCCGAUCAGCUGGGGUGAGGUGCUGGAGGGAGGCCGGAAAGUGCUGAACGAGAAUCCCUUCUGCUUCGCCCUUUGGUACCCAGAUGGGUCGAUCAAGUCGAGCUACUUCUAUCACAUGCUGUGCGUCAUCUUCUUUCACUACUUGCCUGCCUAUUUAAUCGACUUCUUGCUGAUGCUGUUGCGCCGAAAGCCUUUCCUAGUGAAAGUGCAGAAACGGAUAUCGGCGGGUUUGACGAUACUGCAGUACUACACGACCAAGGAGUGGAUUUUUCAGAGUGACAACACUAAAGCGUUGUAUCGACGGCUUUCGCGUGACGAUCGGAAGCGGUUUUACUUCGACGUGUCCGAAAUCAACUACCAGAGCUAUCUGUAUGAUUUCAUACUCGGUGCGCGCAAGUACAUCCUGAAGGAAGAACCGGAAACGUUGCCGAAAGCGCGCAAACUCCUUCGCAAGCUUUACAUCAUGGAUAAGAUCGUCCAGGUGGGAGUGUACAUGUUCGGACUGUGGCUGGCAUGGACCUACAUCGAGGUAGUCACCGGUUCGAUUCAAUUCGUCUUCGAUGCCGCCAUUACUGGGCUUCGAGGAAACGUACCUUCAUCGUCGGACCCCGUCCGGCAUGGACUUUGAUUUCAUCCGAUUGGUUUGCCCAAAGGAAUCCGGUAAUUUCAUCAAACAGUACCUACUGUAAAACGUAGCCAAUAUGGUCUGUGAAAUAUAUGUAUAUUUACGACUUGAUCGACGUGAUGGUCACCUUUUCCGGGAGUGUUUCGGGUUUGUUGCAGCACAUACAUGGUUCUUCGAUGGGACAUCUUGCACCAUUUCGUGCUACUUUAAGGAACCAGCGAAAAAAAAGCAACGAUUCUAUUUAUAAGUGCUUCCACUCCAGCACCGCAUCGAUGCAAAUGUGUACUCAGUGUAUA